ACCAACCAAUGAUAAAUGAGUUCACUAACAGAUUAAAAAAUGGCUGCGUCCUAUGUUCCAGAUGUGUGCUAUAAAGAUCAAGUCAAUGAGUUGUUGGAACGUCUUAGCAUUCAAUUCCUAGAAAUGGUUCCUAUCCGAAAAAUGAAGUGGAAGGAUGAAGAAACCGCUGCUUUAGUGGCUACUCCUUUCCUCCAGCAGAAAGUCCUUCAGGCAACAGUUUUACAUCCAAUUUGUCAACACCACCCUCCCGCUCUUAGCUACAGCACGAGGUUUAUGAAAGAGCUUAUUCAUAAGCUUGAAAUGCUGGAUGCUGAAAUAUGUGAUGAAGUAUAUGAAACUUAUACAGAACUGUUGAGUCAGGCAGAAGAUGAUGAUGAUACACUGUGUUACAAGACUUACACUCUGCCUACAGGUGGGAAAGUGCACUUGCAAGAGUCUGUUACUCUUGUAUCACAGGGAACAACAGGGCUUAGCACAUGGCAGGCUGCCCAGCACCUGGCCGAGUGGGUCCUAGAAAAUCAAGAUGUGUUCACAGAUAAGCAUGUGAUCGAGCUGGGCUGUGGAUUGGGUCUGACAGGUAUUGUGACAUGUCACAGUUGCAAUGUCCGCAGCUACACCUUCACAGAUUGUCAUCGAGAAGUGCUCUAUCUUCUGGCCAAAAAUAUUGAAGACAAUCUUGCUCCUCCUGAAACCUUGCUUCAGCUUUCAGGAUCUGAAACAAUCACUCUUAGAGAUAAAAAGAUGUUGCAGAAAAUCAAACAUCAGUUAAGUCUUACUACAGAAAGAACAACAGACUCUUCUUGUAUCGUGUCAGAUUAUGGAUUGGUAGAAGGAUUAGAAGAUGGAGAAAAUAUUACUUCAUCAGGCAUGGCAAGCAGUCUGGAGCUAGAAGAGAGGCAGGAAGGAGAGGAAAAUGAAAUUUUGGUUAACGAGGAGAAUAGUUUGGCUUUGGGUGGAGCAAAGUUAGAGGUCAACAGUAAUUACUGGGAGCUAGAUAACAGACAGCAGACAGCAGUACUGAAGGUAGAUCCACGACUUCGGAUCAGUAAUCUAGACUGGGAGGAUCUUGAACAGGACAUGAUGGAAAAUGUUCAAGCAGACGUGGUGCUGGCUGCAGAUGUGGUAUAUGACACAAGUAUUAUCCCAUACCUGGUGCAGCUGCUAAGGCAAUUAUUGCAACCAUCGCCUACCACAGAUGUGAACAAGAAAGCUUUUGUGGCCUCCACUGUUCGCAAUGAGGACACCAGAGAUGCCUUCUUAAUUGCACUCAGCUCUGAGGGUCUCAGUUAUGGGGUGGUGGAAGGACCAAAGCAGACUGUGUUCCAUUAUGAUCGAAAUGUUCCUAUUGAAAUUCUUCAGAUAACUUUGCAGUAGAGCAAAUUGUCCAUCAUUAAAUAGGAAACAAGGAAAAUAUGAUGUCUUACAAAGCUUUUGCUUCCAUACCUACAAACCAUGCCCAGGAGUUUCAUAUGCUGUCACAGCCAUGUUUUAAUGACAUUUUUAAGGAGCAUCAGUUUGAGGAGUUUUGUUUAAAAGGUCACCUUUUUAAUGUUCUACUUUUUAUGUAAGCAAGUAAAUGAAGAACAACGGUUUGGCACCAAAAGGUACUAGGCACUUUGUAAAGGAAUUAACAUAAGUUUUCUGUGCUUUUUGAUAAUGACAUUCCAAAAUGUAAGCUUGAGUCUGUCUGUAAAAUGUCAAGGUAAAAAAAAAAAAUCCAGUUUUACCUCAUGUAUACUUAUGUAAAAGAGCCUUGCACACACAAGCCUUUUUUUGCCCCAUUUUGUACAAUGAUUCCAUAAGGGCCUUCAUGAAUCAGCCCAAACUUGUGUUUUAGAUGUGAUUGUAAGUGAAUGAUUAUUUUGCAACCUAAAGUUUUGAUUGGCCAUGAUUCAGAAUAUGGGUAUCAAUUGCCUAAACCCAACUUAACAUUUGAAUUGCUUUUCAAGUGCAUUACUUUCUGUGAAUCUGUCACUGUGCAACUUUGUAGACAUUUCUUGUGAGUGGGAUUACGUCUGGGCACGUACCUCACCCUUUCCUCUUCUUUGAGCCAUUGAUGAUCUAGCCUUCUUUAUUUUUAUUAGAUGAUUUAUUUGUAGUUACUAGUAUGAGAGCAACAAAGGAUUGAUGAAUGCAGGAGAGAGAGGAGUAACACCGUGAAAAUGCGAUGUUUAGCAUGGAAGACCGAAUCCUUGUUCAAAUGAAUAUGCAAUGGCCUCUCUUGAAGUGGCUAAGAUUGUGGAUCUGCAGAUACAUUCAGUAUCAGAAGUGAGGGAUACUUGAAAGCUUAUUCCUACUAUUAGGUGAUAUUAUGAGAUCUUAAUGGUAAGAAACAGGCGUAUCUGUAGGCAAGCUGUAUUUUCUGACUGCUUUAGUUCCACAUCACGAGUAAGAUGUUUUUAAUUUUUAAUUUCUUUGCUUUUGAAUUGUUCUGAUCAAAUUACUUUAAUCAUGAUGUCACACAGAAAUUUCUCAAAAGACUGCGCGUUUUACAGCUUUUAAAAAUAAAAGAUUAAUAGUAGUCACUUUUAUAAAUUCAGAUCUAAUGUUGUAACUCAUGUCACUGAGCAAAUCACCAUUUACAUCAAGGUUUUAAGCGUAUUUAUUAUCAAACACAAUCUGAAACAGAUUUUUGUCAAAGAACAAGAAAACAUGCUUGCUGCUUUUAUGCUGCUUUUCGUUCAAGAGAAACUAGAUCUCUUGUUAUGUUACACUGGACAGUUAUGCCACUUUUGAAUGUCUUUAUACAAAUUAGCUUGUUCUAAUGUGUAUGUGUGCUGUCACACAUAAUCUUACAUACAUGCACUUGCACAUGGAUGGAAACACAUUUUCAGUUUCAUGGUUAUUGUCAUUUAUUAUGUGUGGUGUGGAACUAUCACAGCUAAGAACAGUAACUGGAUUUGACGGGUAUCUGCAAAAGGAAUAUUACCCUGUGAUAUUUAUUUUAUUGCUUGAUACUGUCUUUUAAAAAAAUUGAGUAUGAUCACAGAGGUGUGUGUUCUUGUGGUUUGUAAGAUUUCAGUGUCAGCUUACCAGAUGAAACUUAAAAGAAGACUGUACUAAGAAUACUAAAUAUUGUUUUGCAUGUAUUGUAGAAUUUUGAAAUUUCAUUGAGAGAUAGAGGUUUUUAUUGUACAAGAUCGGUCUGAUGAUUUUUGUAUCCAGAAGUGGUAAGAUGUGUAAGUGGUAAUCUUAUGGCACUGGAAGUAUGCUUCCCGAGUUUUUAAGUGAUGACUUUCUUCUGUUACUCAGUCUAAUGAGUAACAUUUGUUUGGACGUAUAUUGACAUUGUUGACUUAAAUUAUCUUUCACACACACAGAAGUUUGUUAAGGAAUCAGUAGUUCAUUCUAGUAGGAUCUUUUGUAAAGCUGCUUGGUGCUUUGCUAAAGAACUCGUGCUACAAAAAUAGUGUUGUUUUCACAUUGUUUUAAUAUUAAGAAUAGAAAAGCCUUUUAGAUAAACAGAGGUCUUAAAUUCUUUUGCAUCUGUAGCCAUGGGAAUUUUCAUUCAUUCAACUCUUGACUGAUACCCACUGGUGACUAGUUUAGCUGAUUUGCUGGUACUGGUUAUUGGAGGGAAAGGAAUGCAUCGGCUGACAAGGUUUUCUUGAGCAGUAAUCCUUCAUGUUUGUCAGUCAUUUCUCUCUGAGUCCACUCAGCUCUGACAACCUUACAAGGUACUCUGAGGAGUAUUGUGCAAAGUCACAUGGCCAAACCAGCUUGCACUGCUUUACUUUUUCCAGAAUAUUUAGGUGUUGCAAAAGGGUACUGUGUUCCGUACAAAAUUGCUGGUCUCGUAAUGAUUCAGUUUUCUUAGGCUCUUGAUAUCAAAUGCCUGAAUUAUCAUCUUCUGUACAGCAGGAUGGGAACUAUGAGGGAUUUGUAGUCUAUGCUCCUAUGGUGCUGCUUCAUCGGGACCAUUAUGGCCUGUACUAUUGAUGCAGAAAAUUGGAUCCAGAUUCCCAAAGUUUGAUUAAGACCCUUUUUACUUAGUGCCACUGGUAGAGAUAGUGUUGAAGUUUAGCUCCACCAAGUUCUGUAAAACAGUUGUGCACAAAGACUAUCAAAAAAAAAGGGGGGGGGGCGUUCUAAAGAAAGAUUUGUUUUGUAAUUGGAUCAAUUUCUUUUACAGAUGCAAAUAUUCUGUCUAUGUUAUAUCUAUUCUAAGUACCCAUGUCCAAUACCUCUUACAUUUUAGCAAAAAUUGGCCACCAUAUAACUAAAGUGAACAUACUUCCACAAAUUAUUUAAAGGAUCUUCGAACUUUCUACAACCUUCAGCUACCUGGAAUGUGUUUCUUCUUCAGAACUUCUGUCAUUUACAUGUUCACACUUUACACAAGUAAUAUUUGGCUUUUAAAGAACUUGUCUGAUUAUUAUGCAGUUUUUGAAUAAUUAUGUUCCAACAGUCUAAAGUGUGGAACUCUUUUACAAUAACAUAUGUGCCCUGAAAUGUUCACUUGAAGAUACAUCUUGCACAUGAUGUAAUUUGUAGGAAUAGUAUAAAAUCUCAAAUCAGCAGAAAGAAAAAUGGACAAAGAGCAUAUCAUCUGUCUACCUUUAUUCAGACUGUUUUCGAGCAGUGAACAUUUCAAAAUGCAUCUUUAUUACAGCACUUACUUUUAAGGCUAACUCAGUGUUAAUGAAGAUGUGCAGUAUCAGCAAAAGCAAACAACAAAGCUCAGUCUCUACAUCAUGCAUCAACUUAGUCCAUGUGCCUGGAAGAAAAACUGCAGGGAAAUUACCUUAAAAAAAUAAUUCCCUUUUCCAGAGCACACAUGCUCCUUCGAUUCAUGGUGCCUCACAUCAGCAAAAAAAUCCAAAUAAAUGGACUGGUGGUCUAAAGAAUAAGACUUAAGAUGGUGAGCUUUAGAAAAUACAGUUGGCAAUGUAGGUGCAUGUGUUAACACCGUGCAGGCAGAAAGAGAAGAAAAUGUUGAACUGCAUAGACAUAUAUUUUUUUCAUUGCAAGUGACAGCUAUAAAGUCAAUACAAAUUUAUCCCCCUGCAUAUGCAGGUCAACGGAAGUGUUGUGAUAAAAUUCCUCUUAAUGACUUAAACUGAAAAUCUGCAAUUACCUGCAUGCCUAUACUUGGUAGCCAAACUAAAUGUGAAGCCCUUCAGUUGGGGGUACUGAUUUUACCCAUAUGAUUUUAAGGAACUUUAAGCCACAAUAAAUUUUCUUUUGUAAAACAAAGCAGGCACAUUUUCAUGUCAUAUCUGGAACUAAAUAAAUGAGGUCCUAGCUUUGUUGGUUGUGCUAUAAUGAAUCUGUUGUUUUAUGUGAUCAUCGAACAAGAAAUCAUAUAUCUCGAAAAUUCUCAACAGCUGUAUUGCAACAUAAAUCCCUGUUAUCUUCUGUACACAUGUAUUAGGAGAAUGGGAGUAUAGAAUCUAUUGUGACUGCUUGUUCAUGCAGAAAUUAAAAAAAUAUUGAAGUAUUACCCUGUUAAUGUAAUUUUUAUCUGUAAGAUGUACAUUUUAUGACCAACUGAACACCAAACCACGCUAUGUGAUCACUUGAGCAUGUUUAAAUGAUGCAUGGCUCUUCUGUUUAUCUGCACUACAUCAGUGCAUCCUUAAGAAACAGCCUACCUUACACUUACAGGCAAAAAAAAAGAGGUAAAGUGGAGUUGAAGGAAAAGUUGGAAUGUAUACACCCCUCAGCAUCAAAAAACCAAAAAACCCUAAUAAAUUUUAAAGUGAUGAUGAUAAAAAAUUCAUUCCAAAUGUCUGGCUGAAAUGUCUCAAAAAUAUAAAAUACAUAAAAGUCUCAAAAAUAAAUGACUAGAAUGUUCUAUUAAAAAAAGUAUAUAUAAAUCAACAAAGCAAAUACUGUCUGGUGGGAUUAUGAAUAUAUAAAUAAGGAGAUCUGUUCAACAGACUAAUGAACACAGUAAAAUUUCUAUGACUUGUUACAUGUCUGUUAAGAUUUGCAACAAAGGUUAAUGACAGCAGCAUGCUAGCAUAAUUUUACAUAUCAAGUGCAAUCAUCUUCCUCCUCUUUCACAUAGUAACAAGCAAGUUAAUAUCUGAAGCAAAAUGCUAUGUCCAUGUUUAAAAAUAAAAACAAACCAAUGACAGGCGCUAUACCUUGUAAACUAUCAACAUAAGUGAAAUACUGGUGAUCCUAUAGGCAAAAUUACAUGCCUUGCAACACGUAAAUGAUUCAUCGACAGCAAAGAGUCAACAUUUCUUAACCACAUUUGCCAUCGUAACAAUGCAAAAAUGUGAUGAUACAACUAAACAAAAGAUUAUCACAUUUAAUAUUCAAAUCAACUAGAAAUAAACGAUACUGAUAUUUUAACAUCUUUGUGGAGGCCACAAAAACAGAUGCUAUAUGAAGACAGCAGAUAAACUAUAUAAACAAAUUACACUAUUUACAGCAUUUAUAGAUUUACAUGACCCCUCAAUUUAAAUCAAUUGAAAAGUAAAAUUGAUGCAAAUUAAAACUUAUAUUGCAGCUAUUUAAGCACUCUAUGAACACCUGACAAUCCCAAUCCAAACAUAUUACAAAUUUGCAAACAAAUGUCUUCAUUUGAUGACCAAAUACUACAUAAGACCCUGCUCACUUUAACUUUAAAAUUGCACUUUAAAACCAAAGAAGGCUGUCAGCUGCUAUUAUUAUGCAAUUUAUACAGUUCUGAAAUAAAUAAAACUUUUAUUUUGCACUUUAACAACAUUAUUUCUAAAAACAUUGUUAACAACAGGUAGCCAUAUGAAAGACUGUGUUGCGGAGAGGGCAGCUGACUAGUAAAAAUUUCAUAAUCCAGUUUAACAAUCCUGUGCUUCCAGGAUAUGACCGCGUCAUAAUUAUACUCUACUCAUGAUUUGUUUAAAAUGUUUGUCCACUUACCAACAUGCAUUUUAAAGAGAACAGAUACAAUGCUUUACGAGUUCACUGUCAUCCAAAGUUUCAUCACUCUCUUCCCCUCCCUGUGCAUCAGUCUAACCCCCUUAUAUGAUCUCCAGCAUGCAUAAUUAAUCAUACACCACAUGAUCUUUUCUUCUAUUUUUUUUCUUAACUGAAGUACUAAAAUACAUCUUCGCCUAUAUUAAAAACUGCUGGUGAGAAGCAUCUGUUGGAAAUACAACCAUGUGCCAUGUGGGGAGGGGGAGAGGGAAGAUAGGAGUACAAGACUUGCUACCUAAUAAACAUUUGCGUGAUCUUUUAAUCUAUCUUUGUCUAGCUGAUCUUUUUCUGCCAUCACUCAUGAAGCGAUGGCAUUCAUUUGUCUAGGUCAAGUGCCUCUUUACCCAGACAAAAUAAGCAAGCCCAUUUGGAACUUCAGAAAGCAAGGUAAUAAAGCUAAAACCAUGACUUGAGAUAGUAUUAGGACUUGUAAAUUUAUAAAUGCUAUGGUCAAUAGAUUUUAGAGCUCUAACCCCUUUUGGAUGGGGAGGGGGAUGAAUUCGGAAACAGGCAGAAAGUGUUUGUAGUCCAAAAAACUAACAAUGCACAAAGUACUUAAUGUGCUGCUGUCUAAUAAUACAGGUCAUCUGUUAUUUGCCUUUAAGAACUCAUUCUUACGUUUCCUUACAAGACAGAGACUGGGUGUGUAUUAACGUGAGCAGGAACUUGCACAAGUGAGGUGCACAUACAAAGAUAUGUGUAAACAUGCGAAUAUGCAGUAUCAACCACCUCACUGCAUGUGCUUGUUGGUGCUGUGCAGAAUACAGACAAAAUGAAGAGUGCAAUGUUCUGCUCCACACCAAGAUUAUAAAUGGUAAGUGUGACACAGUCAUGGUGAGAAGAUGGAUUAUAAGACAGGCAGGCGCUGUGCACUGGAGAAUCUGACCAAGACAUUAUUUAAAUAUACUACGUGGAAUCUGACAAGGUGCUUGAAAAAGAAUUCUUUUUCUCUAUGGCCAGUUAAAUGUAAAGAAACUGUGAAGCAAAAUCAGAUCACACCAUUGACAGAUGUUGAACCUUGAUUUUGUCACCUUUCACACUUAAUGUUCAAAUGGGAGUUUGCAGCAACAGAAGCUGAAUCAACUGAUGGGGGUGGGGAGUAGGGUGGGGUAAAAGAGAUCCCUUCUUAACAUCAGGUUGAAAGAGAGGAAAAGGGAGAGCAAAAAAGCAUUCAAGACACUCGCUGAUGCAUCCCGAUCUGCCAUCAACAUUACUAUGUGAGAAAACAAAGUUCACCCGUAAAAAUUGAUUUCAUUGCUGGUCAGGUAACCCUGCAAUAUGUACAUCAAAUUCAAAUGCAUACUGAACAAUACAAGAAAGAGAGCUUCUUCCAUGUAUGAAGAAAGGGAAAAAAAACAAAACAAAACAAAA